AUGCCUUCGUCCAUUGGAAAUGGCAACGCUGGGCAAGCGGCGGAGCUCGGCAGCAAGGACCGGACAUGGCAGAUGCGCAAGUACCUCCUGCUACUCGCCAUCCUGGUGGCGACGGUGACCUACGUGGCCGGUAUGGACCCGCUGGGGGGCGUGUGGCUGGAGACCGAGGACGGCCGCGCCGGCGACCCGAUCCUGCCCGACACCCGACCCAUCCGCAAUAAUGGUAUAUUGUUGGACGUGAAAUCAAAAGUCAUAGCAGAGAAGGGAACUUGCACAUUUAAAUGGCAUACAAGAGAUAAGGUUCAACAGGAAGACCGUAAGUCCGUACCGGCAACGGACGCCAUGAAGCUUGUGAUCCACAGGAGGUUCGACGAGUCCGAUGCUCGCUUCGACCGGCUCUUCGCCAGGCUGCAGCAGCCCGCACGCGGACGCGCUCCCUCCUCCUGCAACGACGACUCGGGCGCCGUCCCCGUCGAUGCGUUCGUCACCUCCACCGAACCCGACGUGCCGCUCAGCGCUGACCAGAAGCUCGUCCGGUACGGCCCCGUCAACACCCCCGCCUCCGAGUCGCUCCGCCCCGCGUCCGAGAAGGGCGUCUCCAUCGCGCUCGACGACGCUCCGCCGAUGAGGGAGCCGCAGGAUGCCGUCGAGGAGCUCCGCAUCGGCGCCCUCAAGCUGAGCGACGUCCUGGAGGACCGAGUCUGCGAGCUGGCUUCCUCCGACACGACCGCGCCUCCGCCGCCGACGGCGCGGAACUCAGUGCCCGCUCCGCCCUCCUCCCUACUCUCCGCGGAACAUCCGAAGCCAUCCUCCCUCGCGCCGCUGUUGCAGCCGGCUGUCGAGGCGGCGCGUCCUUCGCAUCCUCCUGCCAUCGUCGACAGGCCGUACCGCAUCGAGGCAAGACCUCCGCCUCCCGUCCACGACGACACUGCGGGGGAGGAGCUCUCGGGCACGAGCAUCGACCUCGGCCUUCAGCAGGUCGCCGAGGAGCUCGCGUCGCUGGAGUGCCAUGAGCUGGCGUCGUGCAACAUGCUCGGCCUGCUCGAGGACUCGCAGUUCUCCGACUUCUCCGAGACCGCACGGGAGCAAUGGGAAGCCACCGUGGUCCUCCGCGUCGGUGCCCACGAGCAGCGCGACGCCCCCAAGCUCGACUCCGAGGCCGAUCCGCCCGUGCAGAACCGCGUUUCCGUCGAGGACGAGAUCCCCAACCACCUCGACCGCGCCAACUCCAGCGCAGUCUCCCUGCACGUCCUCGACCGCCUCAGCCUCCUUCCCGACAUGCUCCUCGGCAACAUCGUCUCCCGCCUUCCCAUCAAGGAUGCCGCGCGCACGUCGGUACUCUCCCGCCGCUGGAGGCCUCUCUGGCGCGUCGCUCCGUUCGUGUCGCUGGUGCGCUCCGACCAGUUCGAGCGGAACGCCGUGCAGGACCUCUGCCGCCUCUACGAGCUUGGUGCCUCCCAGCUGAUGGUGCACCCUGGGAUGCCUCCAACGCUGCCCUCAAGGUGUUCGACACUCGGUGGCAACCGUAUCGAGUGCGCUCCCGAGGAGAAGCCGUUCGUGCACGUGUGCGUCACAGACACCGGACGUGCACGAGCUCGACCUAGACGUGCUCGUCUCCGCCGCGGGUAUGGAGCCCUUCGUACUCAAGUUGGACCGAGACGUGCUCGUCUCCGUCACCACCGCCGCACGUCUGGAGCACUGUGCGUUCGAGCUCCGUGGUUGCGCUGCGCCCGUAGUCUUUCCCAUGGUCGCGCACUGCAAGCUACCGACCAGCACGUCCGCAACAUCACAGAGGCGUCUACAGCAGCAGCUUCGACGAGAGCGAAGGAUCCUAUCACCACCAGCGCCCAAUUCAUCUCCAUCAUCAACGCCACCAUGGGCGCUCAUUGGGUGUCGGACGAAAUGCUAACUAGGUACAUCACCAACUUCACCCAUGCAUACUUGAUUGGUGUUGUGAUGCCAUGCUCUGCAUCUGAGACACAUGGUGUUCAGUGGGUGUUUGAGGGCCGGUUCUCUCAGAAUCCAGUGCAGUUUGUGAUACUCGGUGAUGAGGAUAUUGGUAAUCUUGAGGACCAUCAGCUGAUAGCUGAAAUUAGCAAGAGGGAUGUUGCUCCGAUUCAUUUGUUCAUGCGAGAUGGAGCAGGCUGGGUUGCUGUGCAGUACAGGCCUCCGUGGCCACCACCUCAUCAGCUUGAGAUGUUGAGAGAUGGUGUUCAACUCAGACCUACACCUUGGCCAUCCUUUACCUGUCUGACAACUUGGCGCAGUACAUGUUCAGUCCACGAGUGUCUGAUGCAGCUACUCUAUGGCGUGAUUAAUCGGGGGCUUACACAGUUUGAUUACACCUCUCUAUCUCAUGGAGAUGAGAUUUUUCAGCUCUAUGGUGCUCCUUCUGUCAAUACUACCAGUUCAGAAGCAUCACCAGUUGCUCAGUCCUGA